AUGAAUUCGCCGGGGGAAAGUAAGCCGAUCAAGCGGAAGCACACAACACUAACUCUGGCUAAAAAGCUGGAUAUCAUCCGGGAUGUUGAAGCUCGUGAGAUAUCUUACGAGCAAAUCGCCAAAAAAUACGGAGUUGGAUGUUCAUCUGUGAGCCGAUUCGUUAAGCAAAAGGAGACCAUCAAAUCAAAAGUAGACACCUAUAGAGAACACGGAGUUGAGGAGCGACGAACUCUGAAGGUACAGAGUUUCCCGUUGCUAGAACAGGCAUUGUUCGUAUGGGUAUUACAGCAACGGAAUGCUAACGUUGUAGUUCCGUCGGAAGUGCUAAAGGCAAAGGCCAAACAGCUCUUUGAACACUUUCAAGGAAAGGGAUGUUACGAAGAAUGCCACUUUCUGGCAUCAAAUGGAUGGGCUCGCCGUUUCCGAAAUCGUUUUGGCCUACGCACUGCUGAUGAGAAAGCUGCCGCUGGCCGUAAACUCAAUCGAAUCAGGUACACUUUCAUGCCUUGCUCGAAUAUGGACGGAACCCUGAAAUUGAAGCUUAUGUUCAUCGGCAUGUCGGAAAACCCUCGAGAUUUACCGCGCGAUAAGAAAUCACUUCCGGUUUCUUAUUAUAAUGCAAAAAAGGCCUGGAUGACUCGGGCUUUAUUUCAGAAGUGGUUCGAUGAAGAGUUUGUUCCAGCUGUGCGCAAGUUCAGUAAGGAAAAUGACCUGGAACCUAAAGCACUGUUGGUAUUGGAUAAUUGCUCGGCUCACCACAUAGGAUGA